AUGGCUACCUCUAGCUCUUUCACAGUCGAAAAGUCCCUUCUGGAGGGUAAAUGGACCGCAGAAUCUCCAGAAUCAUCUUCCAAAGCGGUCGAAGCAGCCAAACAGGUCGUUGAUGGCGACUUUCGAUCAGUCCUGACCAGCCCCUUCGCACGCAAAUUAUUUCGCGCUUCAUCUGACGACCUGACCAAAGGGUUCACGGAGAUAAUCGACUUUUCCGUUUCUCUCGAGGAUGAUCCGGUCGACAAUGAGACCCUGCGGCUCUGCCUGGCCGUCGCCUGCCUCCACGCCUACGUCCAAGCCAACUGGACUGGCCCAAAACUAAACGUAGAACCCCUCGACGUUCUGGCCUUCUCCUCACCGAAUUCCAUCACAGAACAGGACGUCAACAGUCGCGCGAUCGUGGAAUUGGCUUUCGGCGGAGAACCAGCCUACCAUCUCGCGGAGGUCCCUGUCUUCCUUCGGCUCGCACAGCUCAUCUUGGCUACUCCAUUCACACACCUCAAGUCCGCUUCCUGGUGGAGAUUACGAACGACCAUCGUCCAUCAACGGACCCUCGACGAGCCGGUAGCCCAUUCCAUCGAUUUCCAACAUGAUUUGGACACCCUGUCGUCACUCAUCGCUAACGACCGUUCGUUAUCGGCACGAUUGACGUUGGAGACGGGUCUUCUCCAUCAUACCUUCCAGCAGGACAAGGUGGCGGCCGAGCAAUUCGUCGCCUCCGCGAGGAUCACCGGCAUGGAGUACGAGCUCACGGGAGCCCUCGGAAAGCGGACCAAGUUCCAAGUGAACGACCUAAGCCAGCUCGUCCUGCUCGCCGAGAGCAAACUCGAGGACGAUUCUCAGGAUCAGACCUCCCCUUCCAAAAACGAAACAAAGCCAUCCGACACCGAGGGAAGCGAUGAUGAUCCCGCUCCGGCGGAAACCAAGAUGCCAGAAACGCUGGCGCUCAACGACGACACCCUCCUCGAACAGACGGAAUUCACAUCAUCACGCCCAAACGACAAGCUGAACUCGCGCCUCGGCCACAUCGACCCGUCCGCCCAGCCCGCGCUGCACCCACUGGACCAAUGCAUCCUCCUCUCCCUGUGCCUCAACGUCCGCAACACCUCACCCGCCCACGGACUCACUAACGAACAAAUGGCCCCAUACGUCGCACGCGUCAUCUCCCACCCGCGAAACUGGUCCGUCCACACCAUGGCCCUGUUAUUACGUUCCCGGCUCGAAUCAACCCGCACCCGAACGGUCGAACGAUCGACCUUCCAACUGCAGGCGCUGAUUGACCAGAUGCCCACCUCCGAUUCCACCCUCCCCGAACGCCUCCUGUAUUUCCACUCAAUACCCUUGCCAAGCAAAUGGGAGAUGGAGAGGGAACUCGCACUCCGCUAUAUGAGCCUCGGAGUCGUCAAAUCCGCCCUGGAGAUAUUCGAGAGAUUGGAGAUGUGGGAGGACGCGAUCAAGUGCUGGGCUGUUCUCGAGCGGCCAGAGAAGGGCAUCGCGAUCCUGCGGGAUCUUCUCGAAGGGAAGAAGGAAGAAGUCGACGUCGUCCUGUCACGCGGCAAAGCUACUUCUGAGCACCGCAAGUCGCUGCAGGACGCUACCCGCGAAGCCAAGUUGUGGUGUAUCCUUGGAGAUCUCGAGCCGGAUAAUGCGCCCGAGCAUUACCAGCAUGCUUGGGAGGUCUCGCGAGAGUCGUCGGGGAGGGCGAUGCGGUCCCUCGGAGGGUAUUGGUUCGCGCGUGGAAAGUACACCGAGGCGAUCGAGUGCUUGAAACGCGCUGUCGCUAUCAAUCCUUUGCAGCAGAAGCCGUGGUUCCUCCUAGGCUGCGCCGCCAUGCGUCUCGAAGACUGGGCACUGGGCCGGGACGCGUUCAUUCGCUGCGUUACCAUUGAUGAAGAAGAUGGGGAGAGUUGGAGCAACUUGGCGAGCAUGUAUCUCCGAUUAAGUCAGUCCCCCACGGCCUCGAUAGAGAACAAGGACGAGGAAGAAGACGAGGAGACCACGAACGGCGUCGAAGGCUCGGAUACCAAAGGGGAUGACACGACCAAAGCGGCAUCAGUUCCCUUCUCCAACAAGAUGCUCGCCUUCCAGGCGUUGAAACAAGGCCUCCGAUUCAGCUACAACAACUGGCGCGUAUGGUACAACUACAUGAUCGUCGCCGUCGACGUGGGCGAGAUGCAAGAAGCCGCCCGGGCACUCGGCCGCGUCGUCGAGAUGGUCGCCGACAAAGAGGGCGCCGACUCGGUAGACGACGACGUCCUCGACCGGCUCGUCGACGCCGUCACACGCGCCCCCGCUAACCCGGACGAUGCGCAAAAGGAGGGCGGCGGCGGCGGCGCGCAGAGCGACGUUGCGAACCCCAACGAAGGACACGGCCUCUACCGAUCGGUGAAGAACCUCUUCGAUCGGACGCUCCUCCCGCGCGUCGCCUCGCCGCGCAUCUUCCGCGCUUACGCCCGGCUGUGGACAUGGCAGUCCAAGUGGGAGGAGGCGCUCAAGGCGUACCUCGAUGCCUACCGCUGCGGCAACGCGGGUACGAUGGAGAAGGGCGAGACGGAUAUCAAGAAAUGGCGGGAGGCGACGACCGAGGUGGAGGAUAUCGUCGAUGUGUUGCGCAACUUUGGUCCACGGGUCGAAGGCUACAAGUGGCGUCUGCAAGCGCGGAGCAUCGUCCGGACGUUUACUGCGCGAACCAAGGAUUUCGAAGACGAGCCCGAGUGGGGUAGGUUGAAAGAGUUGCAGGAGGAAUUGAAGAAGGAGGAAGAGUAG